AUGAUUCCCAUUUCUAAUCUAUUUCUCUCGAGUUCUUUAUCCACUUUUCCAGAUCCGAUUCAUACUAUUGCAGAACAGACAAGUCUUGCCAAUCUCAAAGAGUCGGAGAAACACAAAGUCGAAUACGAGGUUCAUGGACUGGUAGUGAAUCGCGACUCGAAAUUCACCAAUUUCGUUGAGAGAACGUUUCUGCUACAUCAACAGAUGGUGGAGAAUAAUUGUUCCGUUUCACCGAAUCAGAUUCUGUCACGUACUGUGAAGAUUGUUGGCCUUCCAAGACAGUGGUGCUUGCUUUUGCAGGAUGUUCAUUUCCGCGCACUGAUGCUUUCUUCUAACUUUCUUAACUGGAAUCGUUCUUUCACUUCUUUCCAGCGGAGUAUCUCGAGCCGUAUAGGUGGUUUGGACACUUCUCAUGUUGCAGCUAGAGCUUAUGAUCGAGCUGCUAUCAAAUGUAGAUGUGUUGAGGCUGAUAUCAACUUCAGCAAAAAGUUGAUAUGGGCUAACGAUUACUAG